AUGGGGGGUGGCAAUGGGACCACAGUAACUGAGUUUGUGUUACUGGGUUUCUCAGACAUUGGUUCCCUCCUGGGCCUUCUGUUCUGGGGGGUGGUCUUCAUUUACCUGGUCACCUUGAUGGGCAACUCCCUGAUUGUCCUCCUCACCCUGGCUGACCCAGCCCUGCACUCGCCCAUGUACUUCUUCCUGCGCCACUUCUCCGUGGUGGAGCUGCUCUACACCUCAACCAUCGUGCCCAGAAUGCUGGCCGACCUCCGUUCCCCACGCCCCAUCAUCUCACCUGCAGGCUGCUUCACCCAGAUGUAUUUCUUUGCCCUGUUUGGAGUAGCUGAGUGCUGCCUGCUCACAGCCAUGGCCUACGACCGCUAUGCUGCCAUCUGCCGGCCUCUGCAUUACAACACCCUGAUGAACAGGGGAGCCUGUGUGAGCAUGGUGGGGGCCUCCUACCUCAUGGGAGUGGUCACAGGCACCAUCCACUCCAUCUGCAUCUUCACUUUGCCCUUCCAAGGUGACAACACCAUUCAGCACUUCUUCUGUGACGUCUUGCCUGUACUGAGACUGACCACUGGGAGCACCUUGUGGGGUGAAGCAGGCAAUCUUUUUGUCACGGUAGCUUUUAUCCUGACCCCCUUCGUGCUGAUCAUUGUCUCCUAUGCCUGUAUCCUUGCCACCAUCCUUGGAGUGGCAACAUCUCAGGGCCGUUGGAAAGUCUUCUCUACCUGUUCCUCCCACCUGUUUGUUGUCGUGCUCUUCUUUGGGACUGCAACUGUCGCCUAUAUGAGACCUGGCUCAGACUCUACCCAGGACUCAGACCAGAUCAUUUCUUUUUUCUACACAGUUGUCACACCCAUGUUUAAUCCCUUUGUCUACACUCUGAGGAACGCGGAAGUCACAGGGGCAAUGAGGAGACUUGUGAAAAGAUACUUUGGGAGCCCUUGA